AUAAUUCAGACUUUCGAAAACCCUAAUCUUAUGCUCACCUAUAUAAACUAAAACUUGUGAAUCCGCUAGGGUUUACUUCAUCGAAAAUGGCGGAAAGAGGAGGAGAAAGCGGCGCAGAGCGUGGCGGUGACCGUGGUGACUUCGGGCGUGGAUUCGGCGGUGGACGUGGAGGUGGCCGUGGCCGUGAUCGUGGUCCAAGAGGCCGUGGAAGACGUGGAGGCCGUGCCUCGGAAGAAACGAAAUGGGUUCCAGUGACCAAACUAGGUCGUCUAGUGGCUGACAAUAAAAUAACGAAGCUAGAGCAGAUCUAUCUUCAUUCUCUCCCAGUAAAGGAGUACCAAAUCAUAGAUCAUCUUGUUGGUCCUACGUUGAAAGACGAGGUUAUGAAGAUCAUGCCUGUUCAGAAACAAACCAGAGCUGGUCAAAGGACUAGAUUCAAGGCCUUUGUUGUUGUUGGUGAUGGAAAUGGUCAUGUUGGUUUGGGUGUCAAGUGUUCUAAGGAAGUUGCUACUGCCAUUAGAGGAGCUAUUAUUCUUGCUAAGCUAUCAGUGGUUCCGGUGAGGAGAGGUUAUUGGGGGAAUAAGAUUGGGAAGCCACACACUGUGCCUUGUAAGGUUACUGGUAAAUGUGGUUCUGUUACUGUGAGAAUGGUUCCUGCUCCGAGAGGUUCUGGUAUUGUUGCUGCUAGGGUUCCUAAGAAGGUUCUUCAGUUCGCUGGUAUUGAUGAUGUCUUUACUUCUUCAAGAGGAUCUACCAAAACCCUUGGAAACUUUGUCAAGGCUACAUUCGAUUGCUUACAGAAGACAUAUGGGUUCCUUACACCAGAGUUCUGGAAAGAGACUAGAUUCUCCAGAUCGCCGUACCAAGAGCACACUGAUUUCCUGUCGACUAAGGCUGUUUCUGCAACCAAGGUUAUCACUGAGGGUGAAGACCAAGCUUAAGACCUUCAUGAGAUGAGUUUGGUUUAUAGGUUUUGGUUAUCGCAAAUAUUUAUCUUUCCGGUCUUGUUUCUUGGUUGUCUUUUAUCAGUUUUUGAUAUUGGAGUUUCAGUUACAAGGAUAAUCAUAAUUUAGUUAUGUUUGGCUUUUGUUAGAUAUUUGCUUCCAUGAAAUGACAUUUUGCAAUAAUGCAUGUCUAUUUCUAAGUUCUUGCAAUUAAUCAGUCUAACAUGUAUAAAUUGUUCAAGGAACAAUAUCAAUUAUGAAUGAUCUAGUAUAAUAAGUGUUGAUAUCGACAUUUCAUCAGCAGUAAAAACAGAAGAACGAAUUAAUAAAGUCAAACAAAUUCA